UUGAAGCUAAAUAAAGCUAACUCUGGCAAAAAUGAUGAUAAAAAAGGCAACAAGGGAAACAGCAAAAAUGAAACUGCCACCGAAAGUGGCAAGACGGCGGUAGUAUUCUCCUUGAAAAACGAAGUUGGUGGAUUGGUAAAAGCGCUGAAACUCUUUCAGGAAAAACAUGUCAACAUGGUUCACAUCGAGUCCAGGAAAUCCCGGCGACGGAGUUCAGAGGUGGAGAUCUUUGUGGACUGCGAGUGUGGCAAAACGGAAUUCAACGAGCUCAUCCAACUGCUGAAAUUUCAAACGACAAUUGUGACGCUGAAUCCACCAGAGAACAUUUGGGCAGAGGAAGAAGAGCUAGAGGAUGUGCCCUGGUUCCCCCGGAAGAUCUCUGAAUUAGACAAAUGCUCUCACAGAGUUCUCAUGUAUGGUUCUGAGCUUGAUGCUGAUCACCCAGGAUUUAAGGACAAUGUCUAUCGACAGAGAAGAAAGUAUUUUGUGGAUGUGGCCAUGGGUUAUAAAUACGGUCAGCCCAUCCCCAGGGUGGAGUACACAGAGGAAGAAACUAAAACUUGGGGUGUUGUGUUCCGGGAGCUCUCCAAACUCUAUCCCACUCACGCUUGCCGGGAGUAUUUGAAAAACUUCCCUCUGCUGAGUAAAUACUGUGGCUACAGGGAGGACAACGUGCCUCAACUCGAAGACAUCUCCAUGUUUCUGAAAGAAAGAUCUGGGUUCACGGUGAGACCGGUGGCUGGAUAUCUGAGUCCGCGGGACUUUCUGGCAGGACUGGCCUACAGGGUGUUCCACUGUACUCAGUACAUCCGGCAUGGCUCGGACCCCCUCUACACCCCAGAACCAGACACAUGUCACGAACUCCUGGGACAUGUUCCACUACUUGCGGAUCCAAAGUUUGCUCAAUUUUCACAAGAAAUCGGCCUGGCGUCUCUGGGAGCAUCAGAUGAAGACGUCCAGAAACUCGCCACGUGCUAUUUCUUCACAAUUGAGUUUGGCCUUUGCAAGCAAGAAGGGCAGCUGCGAGCAUAUGGAGCAGGACUACUUUCCUCCAUUGGAGAAUUAAAGCAUGCUCUUUCCGACAAGGCCUGUGUGAAAGCCUUUGACCCAAAGACAACUUGCUUACAGGAAUGCCUUAUCACCACCUUCCAGGAAGCCUACUUUGUUUCAGAAAGUUUUGAAGAAGCCAAAGAAAAGAUGAGGGACUUUGCAAAGUCAAUUACCCGUCCCUUCUCAGUAUACUUCAAUCCUUACACACAGAGUAUUGAAAUUCUGAAAGACACCAGGAGUAUUGAAAACGUGGUGCAGGAUCUCCGCAGCGAUUUGAACACAGUGUGUGAUGCCUUGAACAAAAUGAACCAAUAUCUGGGGAUUUGAUGCCUGGGACCAGUGUUAUUGCCAGCACGAUCCUUUUGGGGCUUAGCAGUCAAUAUCAUAUAGCACCAAUAAACUUUCUGUGUCAUGGCUUGCCUAAUCACAUUGCAAUUAUGUAUAUCUCUACCUACUUGUAACUUACUGUGUUAAUGUGUGAAACACCAUAAAGAACCCAGUGACAGGUAUGAAAAAUUGUCUGAAAAAUUGUAAUAUGUUUAAAUGUCUUAAAUUAAUUUGAUAUUCCUGCUUAGUGUCUUUAACCAAACUGCAUCUAUUUAAAAUUUGUAGCAAAUAGCCUUCUUAUAGUUCUAGCUUAUGACCUUUUCUUUCUCAGAUCUGAGCCUUUCCUCUGUGUUCAUUAGAUAAAAUGAAAAUAGCAGUGAAACUGUUUCUAUAUUUUAUAGUGUGAGUGUUUUCACAGCAUUAUUUGAGAUAAACUGGGAAUGGUAUGAAUUUCCUGUUAGUUAACAAAGAUUCAAUAUUCUGUUUCAAAAAUUGUUGAGGGAACACACUAGUUGGAAUGAUUUUUAGGUUGAGUACUUAUACAAUGCAAGAAAAGAGAUCCUUUUAUAAGUGGAAUAUAUAGGUUGGACUGACCUUGUAGAAACUGAGUUGUGGCAUGCUUCCCAAAGUAUUUUGGAAGGAAAUAUUUCCAGAAAGGACAUUAGGAAAGACUAAACAGUGGGGAAUCAAUCUUGGGACUAUUAAUUUUAUGCUGGAAUAAAUUGAAUUAUCACGCUCAGGUGUUUAACCCAUUUCUCUUAGAGGACAAUAAAAUCAUAGAACUUUGCUUUUAAAGAUGUAGAAAUUGAGUCUCAGAGAGGGUAAAUGAUUUGCCCAAAGUAGCACAGUUAGCUGUGCACCAACAUUUAUAUUCCAUUGCAUAUUGCUUUUGGAUUGCUAAGAAGCUUAACUUGAUAUAUGUAUUUAUGUGUAGCCAGAGAAGGGAAACUAAUGCUUUUCAAAACUAACGUUUGUCACUGAAUAGGACUUGGUUUGUGAUUAAGGCUUGCCAACAGUACAGAUGUUUCUUCUCACAGGCCUAAACCAAGCCAGAUCUCUCUGAGUCUGUGCAUUUACCCAAAGUUUGGGUAAACGAUAGUGAUACACCACAAAUCACUGGUCAUACUUGCCAUAAGAGGUAUAAUCAAGUGAUUAAGUGAAAAAAUAAAAAACUGCUGAAUCAAUGAAUGAAUUUUAUCUUCUGAUUUCCACAAAAGACAAUACUGUUCCCCUUAUUCUGCUUUGGUAGUAAAGAGUCCUGAGCGGAGGAAAGAGGAGACAAGAAAAAGUAGAGAAGGAAAAGAUGAUGAAAUGACUUUUAAGUUAGUAAUUCUAAAAUAUCUACUGCAGCAGUUUCCAAGGAUGUUCUUUUAAUAAGAAUUACAAGCUGAAACUAAUUCUAAAAAAUGUGUAUUUCACAAUAAAAAAUAAUUAAAAAAUAAAUUAAAAAAAGAAUUACAUAUAAUUUUAAACUAAUUCAUACUCUUAUAUGGGCACAUGAUGAGUCAAAAAUAUUUGGACUAAAUAUAUUCAGGAAGAACAUGAGAAAGAGUUAAAACAUUCAUCAGAGAGAGGGAAAAUUAAAAUGAAAAAUGAAUAUUGGUUAUCUUAACUAUCGGGAAUCUUUCAUUUCUGCAGGAUUCUCACAACUACUGAAUUUUUGAGAAAGGAUUUCGUGGAUAGAAUCUGAGAGUCAUACAAUUUAAACACUAUUCUAGGUAAAAGAGAUAGGGACUUGAAAAAUUAUUGGUGGUAGAGAAAUUAUGAGCAAGCUGAACCAAAUUAAAAGGAUCUAGAAUGAUCAAGUAGUAGUAUUUGAAGUAGUUUUAUAGAUCUACAAAUACAUAGUUUCUUACCUGUUGCUUUGCUAGAUCUCGAUGGUCCUGAGUAAUUAUUCACUUAUAAACACUAAUCCAGAAUAAUAAUCCAGAAAUUUCCAGAACUAGUUGCUGAAUUUUUCAGAGGAGAAAAUUAGCCAAGAAACUCGUAAUGUCUGCCUUCUGUGUUGUUUCCAUGAUUUGUUGUUGCUUUAGACACCCUAGCUUUUCCCUCCUAGCCCAUGAAAGGGAGCCUCUUAAUGAAAUGUAUUACAGGAGAAUUAUAUUUAAUUGUAAACAAAUUCCUUCAA